GUAAGUUUUAGAAAUUUCUCCUCUUUGUAACCAACCUUCUCUUAUAUAAACAUCUUUGCAUAUUGGCAAUAGAUAUCUUGAGUUUCUUAUGCAGAGAGCUAAGCUUUCUAAUAUUCUUCAACUAGCUUUUCCUCUGUAAAACCCGUGCAAAGCCAAGCUAGCAUUGUAGAAUUACUUAUAAGCUCUCUGCAUUUCAAGAUCAAUGAAGAAUCAAACUCAUGUUUUUUCACCGAAAAUUUUUAGUCCUUCGAUUCAGGGACUCGUAACUGUCCUGUAUUACAUCCUUUUCUUCGCAAUAGGCCUAACUUUCGGAAUCAUUAUUACUUUCCACUCGAAAAAUUUCUCGUUUAAUCUGCAGCUAACACAAUUCUCCCUCUCCACGUCUUCGUAUCCUCCCUCGCUGCCCUCACCGUUAUCAUCAUCGUCAUCGUUGUCUAGUCGUUCUAGUGCUAAUAAAACGUUGAAGAGUAGGGUUGGUUUACGCGAUUUUGUGAGGCCGCCAAGGCUUAUGCAUGACAUGAGUGAUGAUGAGUUGUUGUGGAGGGCUUCAAUGACUCCGAAUAGGAAGGAGUUUCCGGGUCCCAGGCAAACGUCGAAGAUUGCAUUUAUGUUCUUGAUCAAACAGACAGUUUCGUUUGCUCCUUUGUGGGAGAAGUUUUUUAGAGGCAAUGAAGGACGGUACUCAAUAUAUGUGCAUUCUGAUCCGUCUUAUAAUCAGUCCGAGACUGAGAGCUCGAUGUUUCGUGAUCGGAGAAUUCCUAGCAAGGUAGUAGAAUGGGGAAACGCUAACAUGAUUGAAGCUGAGAGGCGUUUGCUAGCCAAUGCACUUCUUGACUUUUCGAAUCAGCGUUUUGUCCUGCUCUCUGAAUCAUGCAUUCCUCUGUACAAUUUCUCCACCCUAUAUUCAUAUCUCAUGAACUCCUCUGAGAACUUCGUCGAGGCCUAUGAUUUAAACAGCCCUGUUGGACGUGGUCGCUAUAGCCAAGAAAUGUACCCGACAAUAAAACUCAACGAAUGGAGAAAAGGGUCUCAAUGGUUUCAAAUCGACCGUCAGUUAGCCAUCCAAGUGAUCUCUGAUACUACAUAUAUCACCAUGUUCCAGAAAUACUGCAAGGGCUUGUGUUAUUCUGAUGAGCAUUACCUGCCUACAUUGGUGAGCACUAAAUACUGGAAGAAGAAUUCGAACAGGACAUUGACUUGGGUCGAUUGGUCGAGGGGCGGGCCUCAUCCGUCGAGGUACUCAGACACAGAUGCAACUGAGGAGUUCCUGCAGAAGAUGAGGACUGAGAAGCAAUGCAAGUACAAUGGUAAUGUAACAAAUGUUUGUUAUAUGUUUGCAAGGAAGUUUUUGCCAAGUGCUUUGGAUAAGUUGUUGAUACUUGCACCUAAGGUUAUGCAUAUAAAGACAUAAACAUAAAUUUAAGUUUCAUAUA